CCUCCAUCAGGCGGGCGUCUGCGGGGGCCCGAGGGGCGGCGGCGGCAGCAGCGGCAGCGAUAUGGAGCCGGAGGCAGGCGGCCGAAGCAGUGCUGGCAGGCACAGGGCCGGACCCCCGAGCACUCCGCCGCCCCGGGAGCAGGAGCGGAAGCUGGAGCAAGAGAAGCUCUCCGGGGUGGUGAAGAGCGUCCACCGGCGGCUACGAAAGAAGUACCGGGAAGUGGGAGAUUUUGAUAAGAUCUGGCGAGAACAUUGUGAGGAUGAGGAAACACUUUGUGAAUAUGCUGUUGCAAUGAAAAAUUUGGCAGAUAACCAUUGGGCAAAAACUUGUGAGGGCGAAGGUCGUAUUGAAUGGUGUUGUAGUGUAUGCAGAGAAUACUUCCAAAAUGGUGGAAAGAGAAAAGCACUUGAAAAGGAUGAAAAAAGAGCUAUACUCGCCACUAAGACCACUCCAGCCUUAAGUACACAUGAGUCUUCUAAACUUGAAGGUCAUUUAACCAACCUCAGCUUUACAAACCCUGAAUUUAUAACUGAGUUGCUACAGACCUCAGGAAAGAUCAGAUUACUUGAUGUUGGCAGCUGCUUUAACCCAUUUCUGAAGUUUGAAGAAUUUCUAACUGUUGGCAUAGAUAUUGUACCUGCUGUAGAGAGUGUAUAUAAAUGUGACUUCCUGAACCUGCAGCUUCAGCAGCCUCUCCAGCUUGCACAGGAUGCUAUAGAUGCCUUUUUGAAGCAGCUGAAAAACCCUAUUGAUUCUCUUCCUGGAGAACUUUUCCAUGUGGUUGUUUUCUCUCUUCUUCUCUCUUAUUUUCCAUCACCUUACCAACGAUGGAUUUGCUGCAAGAAAGCCCAUGAACUAUUAGUGUUAAACGGUUUAUUGCUUAUCAUCACACCUGAUUCCUCCCAUCAGAACCGUCAUGCUAUGAUGAUGAAAAGCUGGAAGAUUGCUAUAGAGUCCCUGGGCUUUAAACGUUUCAAGUAUUCAAAGUUUUCACAUAUGCAUUUGAUGGCAUUUAGAAAAAUCUCCCUAAAAACCACAAGUGACUUGGUUAGUAGGAACUACCCAGGGAUGUUAUAUAUUCCUCAAGAUUUCAACAGUAUAGAAGAAGAGGAAUAUUCUAACCCUUCCUGCUACGUUCGAUCAGAUAUAGAAGAUGAACAACUAGCAUAUGGUUUCACAGAGCUCCCUGAUGCUCCCUAUGACUCAGAUUCUGGAGAAAGUCAAGCCAGCUCUAUUCCUUUCUAUGAGCUAGAAGAUCCCAUAUUACUUUUAAGUUAAUAUCAAAGUAAAAGGCCCUUUCAGUCCAGACUCCUAAACUAAUUGCUUACACUAAUCAGAAAUACUAACAUGAACUCAGUACUUAAAACCUGGUUUGCAUAGGAAAAAUGCAAAGGUUUACAGAGUUUGCUAUUUUUUUCUACUUCUGGAUUUUAAAAUUUAUUCUUAUAUAGAAAGCUUAAAGUUUCAUGCAGAGUGACUCCUGUCAUAGCAGAAACCAUUGUUACUUUAGCAUUUAGCACUAAGAUAUCAUAGAAAGGUACCUUUUUUCUUUAGUGCUAUUGUGAAAAAUGAAGCAUAACUUGCUGUGUAUUUUCCCUUUUUUAAUCUUUUCAGUGUUGACUUUAAGCCAUUGCAAUGAGAAUGAUAUGUAGAAAGAUGUAGCUUGCACUUUGAUGACUCACAAGUUAAAUGUGACACAGAGAUAGACUGGUUUAGUUGUUUUGUGAUGCACUUAUUCUCUUUUCUAGAAAAAUUGUUAUGUUACAGAAAGUCAUUUUCUGUUCCAUUUUAUCUGAUGACCAGCAUUUCUUCAACUUUUUAGAAUUGAUUUUUUUCCCCCUCUUUUGCUCGUUUCUCAGCAUCAGACAUUUGGGGAAAGAUUUCCCCCAAGUAUGUAUUCUAAUUUCAUUAGUACAGUACAAUAAACACCAUUGCCCAAGUAGAAUGUUCCUAUCUUUGAUAAUGAUUUAGGCCUUGGUGUUCAGUGUAUUUUACUGUGAGAGUUCAUUCUUACCUUUUUUAAAUUUAGCUUUCAUUUCCAAAAUUUUCUUUUUAAGCAAGGAACAGUACUCAAUCCUGACCUGAAACACCUUGGUGAAAAGGUUUGCACUUGUAAGAGUUUAUGUUCUGUCUAGACCAACCAUGUUAGGGUCCUCACCUUUCCAUUAAGGAGGUGUGCUGCACUACUAGUCUGGAAUUACAUAGAAAAUUUUUAAAUUAACCCUCUGCUAGUAAGCUCAUGAAAUGGUUUCAACCUUUCGGUAUUCUAAUUUCUAUCAGAAUUCUAGCAUAAAAUUUUCUUUGAAUACAUAAACCAAUUAGUUGGCUGUGGGAAUUUUCCCUUUCCACAUCAAUAACUGACUUUCUGUGUUUCUGAAUCAGAAGUGAUUAAGGUGAAAAAUAUGUCCAAACAAGACAAGAUUAGUUUAAAUAGCUAAGAACAUUUAGUCCACAUUGUCUUGUCAGCCAGCAAUUGUCAUGUAAACUAUCAUUUUUAAGAGUGCCACUGUGUGGAUUUUUUUCAAGUGGUUAUUACAUUAAAAUUACCUCAUACUGAGGUUUUUGCACUGAAAUAUCGCAGUUUCAGAAUUCAUGGUUAAUGUGUGUGUGUGUGUGUGUAUGUGUGUGUGUGUGUGUGUGUAUGUGUGUGUGUGUGUUUAAAGGAAACUUGCAUUUUCAAUAGUUGAUCCUAAAUUUCAUAAACUGCACUUCUUUGGUAAAACUGAUGUUUUUGUGCUUAUUGUGAUUGCUGUAGUUAACUUUGAAUGUCAAACUUAUUUAGAAAUACAAAAUUUACCCUUUAAGAUAUAAAUCAUUGGGUAUAUAUACCCAGUAUUUCACAUGAAAUCUCAUUCUAAAUUAAUGAAAGUUACAGGAUUGUAAUUAACCUAAAAAAGUCAGUUGACUAAAUGCAGUAUUGAUUACUCAAAUAUGUGAAGAAUAACGUGGAAGGUUUCAUUUACUUUCAAUGGCUUAAGAGUAAAUAAGUAGGAUUGACUUUCCUUUCCAAUUAAGCACUACAGGUCACGUCUUGUAGCUCCCACAAAGAAAGGAAAAAAAAAACAGUGUUAAGGUAACAAAACUGUGUUUUGGUAGUACCCCUUUUACCAUACUGCCCAUUUCCUUUGGCUUGGCUGAAUACAAGCUUAAGGGCAAAGAAAACAAUGUAUCUAAUUAAAGUGCUUUGAAAGUAAAUGACAACAGUGCUUUUGAGAGGCUGGUGUAU